CACCUUCUUCCCUUACCACUCCUGGGACUUCUUCUCUUGCUCCCUCGGAAUAUCGACGCUAUGCAGCGAACAAACUCGAACAUGCUCUUCGCGAACUUCAACCAGGACUUUACAUGCGUCUCGGUGGGAACGCGUAAAGGAUAUAGUAUCACCAAUUGCGAUCCUUUUGGGAGGGUAUAUACUAUGAACGAUGGAGCUCGUGGAAUAGUAGAGAUGCUAUUCUGCACAUCGCUCAUUGCCCUCGUUGGAGCCGCGGACCAACCAUCAUCGAGUCCUCGGAAACUUCAGAUCGUGAACACCAAGAGACAAAGCAUGAUUUGCGAACUCCUCUUUCCCUCAUCCAUUCUCGCCGUCAAGCUCAACCGGAAGACGCUCGUGAUUGUGCUGGAGAACGAGAUUUACAUUUACGACAUAUCCAAUAUGAGACUGCAACACGUCAUCGAGACAACACCGAACCCAGAAGCCAUCGUCGCUCUCUCCCCCUCAAUCGAGAACUCCUACCUCGCAUACCCCUCGCCCCUCCCCACACCCACACCCCUAUCUACAACCACCUCCGGCCCCUCCCCCUCCCCAAACGCACCCUCAACCUCCCAACAACCCACCGGCGACGUCCUCCUCUUCUCCACCAAAUCCCUCUCCGUAACCCAACUCAUCCGCGCGCACAAAACUCCCCUGUCCUCCCUUGCCCUCAACAGCACCGGAACCCUCCUCGCCACCUCCUCCGAGAAGGGCACGGUGAUCAGGGUGUGGAGCGUCCCCGGCGCGGAGAAGCUGUAUCAGUUCCGGAGGGGAACGAGGGAGGCGAGGAUUUAUAGUAUGAAUUUUAAUACGGUGGGGACGUUGUUGGCGGUGAGCAGUGCGCAUGAUACGGUGCAUAUUUUCAAGCUUGGGGUGCAUGGGAAUGGGGCGGGCAAUGGGGGCGCGGGUGGGCAGCAGAGGGGAGAGGAGGCGAGCGAUGUGGCGAGUCAGGAGAGUAGGGAUAUUGAGGGGCCGGGGUAUGAUGCGGUUAUGGAUGGGAAGAAGUCGAAUGGUGGAAUUUCAUCAACGCUCCGCCGUCGCUCACUCCAUCUCACGAAGAACCUUACGUCGUCAAUGGGCGGAUAUCUCCCGAAUACACUGACGGAGAUGUGGGAGCCUUCGAGGGACUUUGCGUACCUCAAGCUACCGACGAGCGGCGCGAGGUGUAUUGUUGCGCUCAGCGGCUCGGUGCCGCAAGUUAUGGUAGUCUCAUCCGAAGGAUACUUCUACUCGUACAACAUCGAUCUCGAAAAUGGCGGAGAAUGUUCACUGAUGAAGCAAUACUCGUUACUCGAUUCAGGUGACGAGUCAACGAACGAAUAGGCGUAGGGACCCCAGCAUCUUCGGUCGUUUCGUUUCGUUUCGUCUUUUUCGUGUGGAGUUCAAUGCAUGGAUGUGUUGAUUGGACGGAUAGCAUCAGGCAGGAUAAUGUGCGAUAUGGGCUGCUCGGUUCGACAUAGGAUAGGACAUGCGGGAUCCGGGAGCAUGAGGUGAGGAGUGUGGCGUGCAAACUCUCACCCGCGUGGCGCCGAGGUGACCCAACCUCCGAGUUCUUUCCCUGAAUCACCGUUUACUGUGUAUGUACUCGAUUUAUUCCCUCUCGUUCGCUUUCGUCGUGUCUAUCAUCGUGAGUGGAUGCUCUAUGACAGCUUGCUGUGGUUGCGGUUCAGGUUUAUCUCUCUCCCAGUUCAAGUUGAUUAACGUACAUAUUUCGGC